AAAGCAAUGCACAACAUAGUAGAACUAAUAAUAGUGUGCUUAAUUUAUCUAAUCCUAAUUUACAUAUGUGGUUAACUGAGCAAUCAAAUAAUGUAUUUGCAUCAAGAGUCACCUUUGAAUCUAUAAAUGUUAAAGAGUUGUAUAAGACGAAUAAAGAUCUUUCAACUGAAUCUUCACUAACUACAUUGCAAACAAAUGAUAAUGAAGUCAAGCACAAAUAUAUCUGCCAGCAUGUG